UUCAGCACUCAGACGUCCCGCAACCGGCGAGCCGAGCAGACGCGCUCCAAGUAUUAUGUUCUCGCUGCUGAAGCAACCGCUGAUCUGCCGCUGCUGCCUGCUGGAGCAGCCGCCGCUCUACCGCCACAUCCACGACGGGCAGCUCCACGCAGAGCUGCAGGCGCUGGCGCCCACUCUGCGGCUGGAUGCCGGCGACGGCCUCACCGAUGUCAUCUGCGACCUGUGCCUGCGUCGGCUGCACGAUGCCCGCAACUUUCAACGCGAAUGCGAGCACUCGGAGCUGGUGCUGCGCACGCGCCACGAGCAGUGGCAGCACACGGUGGCCGCCGGCGAUGCGCUCGCCCUGGACGAUGUGCUCGAGUGUCUGGAGCGUGAGGUGGGCAGCCUCGAGGAGACAAUGCUGCCGGUGCAGCAGGGCAAACCGGUGGCACAUGUGGCGCCCAUGCUGGAAACUGUGGAUUUUGAUACCCUGGACUUCCACGAGAGCCUGGAGAGUGCUUACGAGGCGCCUUUGCUCUGGGUGGCCGAUGCUGGACCGCUGAACACGCCGCUGCAUCAGCCCGACACGGACAGCGGCGUUGCGCUGCUGCAACUGGAAAUUCCCUCAGCAAACGAGCAGCUCGAGCUGCUGUCCAUGACGCCACCGCUCAGCGAACCAGAGGCGGAGAAGCCCCUGAUCAAGCCCAAACCCAAGGCCAUGCCCCGGCGUAAGCGACCGAAAUCCGCCCCAACUGCCGUGCGCUCCCCUGGCUCGCCGCGGUCCCUGCAUCCCUGCACCGAGUGCGAGAAGAAAUUCACGCGAAAUUUCCAGCUGAAACUGCACAUGAUUGCGGUGCACGGCAUGGGGGAGCUGCUGUACCAGUGCGACGAGUGCCACAAGAGCUUCGCGAGUCGCCACAGCCUGCGGUAUCACGUGAAGUCGGUGCACUCCACGGAGCGGCCCUUCAGCUGCGACCACUGCGACAAGUCCUUUGUGCUGCGCACCCAACUGAGCUCCCACGUGCGCACCCACACGGGGGAGUCGAAGCCGCGGAUCUUCGCGUGCUCCAAGUGCACCAAGACGUGGCCCACCAAGUCGGAUCUGCGGACACACAUGCGCUCCCAUGAUCCGCACAUGGAGCGACCCUUCAAGUGCGAUCGCUGCGACAAAUCGUUCUUCACGCGCGGCCAUCUCAGCUCCCACAUCCUGGUGCACACGGGCGAGAAGCCCUAUGGCUGCGACUACUGCGACAAGUGCUACCAGAGUGUCGGCAAUCUCAACAAUCAUAUGGUGCGCCAGCAUGCGGACAUCAUCGAGGCGCAGCUGGAGAUGGAGGCCAUUGAGAGUUGAGAGUGGCGCGGUCGGGGCAGUUUUUUGGGGGUUCCGGGUCCAGGGCCUGGCCUGGCCUGGAUCAAGUAUUACGCGCGGUUUAGACAUUGCACAAUCUCUGAGAUUUGGCAAACAUUGUUGCCCCCAUCCCAUCGCUUAUCGCCGCCGCCGCCGCCGCUCGUUUCAAUGUCGCAAGAGCCGCAAACAUUUUUUUGUUUUUUAUUUUUUGUUCGGUUUCGCGUGUGUGGAUUUUUGCUGCAUGAUUGCCAAACGACACACUGGGUUCGAGACUGAGACAGGGGCUUGCUUGGGGUACGAGGUGAAAGCGCCAGAAAAUCAUAAAAAAAAAUCAAAUCAAAAACCC